GAGGAAAUUCCAACCCUAACCUUCUAUAUUUGUCUUAUCAGAAAACAAAACUCCCUAAAUUGAAAAGAAAAUAAAAAAAAAUAAAAAAGCAUCCAUUUUUGACUAUUAUUACCAAUACCAAUUCCUCAACAACCAAAACCACCUCUAUAAAUUCGCCUCAGCUCCGCGUUUCCCCUCUUCUUCCUCGUGGCGCUUUUUCUGGCUUUCUUCUACCGGAGGAUUCCUCCAGGCGUUCUACUGUAGAAUUAUUGUGCAAAUUUGAAGAUGAAUCACUUUAAUCUUCAGAAGAACGCCAUUGCCUCCUGUGAUGAGGCUAGAGGCUCGGUUUCAAUAUAUGAUCCCAAGGGUCCUGUUGUUUGUCCGAAACCUCGACGAGUUGGAAUUCUGGCUAACAACCCCAUAAGGUCUUUGAGAUGGCAAAUGAGUCAUCAAGCCGAGAUGUGUGAUGCGAAAGCCGGGGCAGAUCUUCUGGACAUUAUCCUAAUGAAGGAUGGUUAUCGGGUAGAACAAUCUACUAACCAGGUAGCCUCAUCACCCCCAUUCUUUUGUGGGUCUCCUCCUACAAGAGCCACUAACCCUGUAAUCCAAGAUGCCCGAUUUGGAGAUGAAAAACUUAAUCCAAUGUCACAAAUGUCAAUACCAUCAUCACCCUCAGGUUUGUCAUCUCCAACAUCAUCACGCAUAGGAGGAUGCGUGAGAAUGACAUUUGGGCUUAAACCAGCUGCAGUUAGAGUAGAAGGAUUUGAUUGCCUUAGCAGGGAUCGCCAAAAUUCCAGCAUCCCUGCUAUGGCUUAGAACUCAUAACAAAAGAAAAGAAAUUAAAGUGUAAAUAGAAGGAAGCUAAAUUGCCACUAGAGUCACAAACUCGGCCGACUUAACAAGAAGAGGGAAUUUUGGAUCUUUUUGGAGGGUGUCAAGAAUUAUUAUCGAUAGUGUAAAUAUUAUGUAUUUAUAUAAAUAUAUAUAUAUAUUUUUGGUGGUGAUCAUUGCUAAUGUCUCUGUAAGUAGUUUGAUUGAAGAAGUGAAAUGGCAAACCUUUUGUUGUUAAGAGAGGUUUCAAUAUGUUUGAGAGCUUAACUUGGCUCUUUUGUAAUGUAACAUAACAUAAAAGUUAGUGUUUGGGAGGGUCAUUUAAUUUCAUUUGGUGAUCAAUUAAUUUCUGUAUAGUGCCCAAUUGGUAUUGAGUUUUGGUCAUUUACUUUGUGAAUGUAUUUUAAGUAAAUGUAAAUGGCAUAUCUUUCCCUUAUCGUUCA